UUCGACCCGCAGAAGCACCUCAACUUCACACCACCACACAAAGUGUACACUAUGUCGGACAUCGGCCUGCCAGCGGACACAGGCGUGUCCCCGCUCGCCGUGUCCGACCCGUUCCCACUAUUCACACCCGAAGCCGUCGCGCGGAUGCGCGCCGAGAUCCUCAGCGAGCCGGUGCUGCGAAACUGCCAGUACACGUCCAACAUCGCGGCGUACUCGCACCUGCGGGGCUACAGCGCGGCGCACGCGCCGUUCACGCACGCAGCGUGGACGCACCCCGCGACGGUGGCGCUCGUGUCGGCCGUCGCGGGGCUCGAGCUGGCGGUGCAAUUCGACUACGAGGUCGCGCACGUGAACCUGUCGUUCAAGACCGAGGAGCAGAAGCUGAGUGAGUUGAGGGCGUAUUAUGAUGGUGGUGCUAGUGGUGAUGGGGAUGGGGACAAGGCGGUGCCGAUUCUCGGUUGGCACCGCGAUAGUUACCCGUUUGUGUGCGUCGUCAUGCUUAGCGACACGGCCGCCAUGGUCGGCGGCGAGACGGCGCUGCGCACGGGCACGGGCGAGGUGCUCAAGGUGCGCGGACCGCACAUGGGCCACGGCGUGGUGAUGCAGGGACGGUACAUUGAGCACGCGGCGCUGCCGGCGGUCGGGGCGGUGGAGCGCAUCACCAUGGUGACAUCGUACCGGCCGCGGAGCGCGGCGGUGCGGGAUGACACGGUGCUGACGACGGUGCGGCCCAUCUCGCGGCUGCCGGAGCUGUACGACCAGUUCGCCACGUACCGGCUGGAGAUGGUAGCCGAGAGGGUGCGCGAGCAGCUGCGCCGGCUGGCGGCGGCGCGGGCGUCGGGCACCGCCCUAGCCACGCGCGACAUCAAGCGCUUCCUAGACGAGCAGGAGCGCUUCCUGGCGCACACCAACCGCGAGAUUGUUGACGACGCAGACGUUGCCAUGGGU